CUCUGUGUGAGCGCGGAUAAACGGAUUUGUUGUUUCGAGUAGUUAUAUUUGUGUUAGCGGCAGUAACAUAUCGUGAGGUCUUUAAAACACCAACAAUGAGUCUGUCUCUAAGAACUGAACUGGCAGCGGAUAAAACUAAACGAAAGAAGAGGAGAGAGCUCACUGAGGAACAGAAACAUGAAAUCAAAGAAGCUUUCGAGCUGUUUGAUACCGACAAGGACAGAGAGAUUGACUACCAUGAACUUAAGGUGGCCAUGAGAGCGCUUGGUUUUGAAGUCAAGAAGGUGGAUGUUCUGAAGAUCCUAAAAGACUAUGACAGAGAGGGAAAUGGAAAAAUUACAUUUGAUGAUUUCAAUGAAGUUGUGACAGAUCGCAUACUGGAGAGAGACCCAAAGGAGGAGAUCUUGAAGGCUUUCAAACUGUUUGACGAUGAUGAAUCUGGUAAAAUCAGUCUAAGGAAUCUCAGGCGAGUAGCUCGAGAACUUGGGGAGAACAUUAGCGAUGAGGAGCUGCGCAGCAUGAUUGAUGAGUUUGACACCGACGGAGAUGGUGAAAUAAAUCAAGAUGAGUUUCUCACCAUUAUGACUGGAGACUCCUGAUGCAUAUCUGAAAGGACACUGAGGAAGUUUUGGGAAAUUUUGCUCAUCCAUAUUGUGAGAAGCUGAAUCACCUGUCCGGAUUAAAAUGAGCAUGAUGAACAAGUGUGAACAGCUUCUUUCAUAGGGUCUAUAGUGGACUGAACGUGUGUUAUUGGGCCCUCUGUUUUACACUUGACUAAACGAUGAUGAAGGACUGAAGAACUCCGCUUGUUCUCUGGAUCUCUACAGAGCUGUCGAUAUCAUGCUGGGGUUUUUUUAUGUCAUGUCUUAAUCAAAUAUAUAAUUGCCUUGAAGUGCUUUAGUGUAUCAAAGACUGUGAGGCUUUGAUAAAUUUGAUGUUGCUAGUCUAGUUUAUUGGAGAAUUGAUGAUCACUGACGCUUUGUCAUCAGUCUGUUCACAUCCAAAUGACUAUAAAUUCAUUGUCAUUCCUAAAGUUAGUUUGUGAUUCCGUCUGUCUUUAUAUUAGUAGGAGAACAAACCCUUACAAAUAGUAAUGCACAUUUUGUAGAUGACUGAGUGUAUUUACACUUUACACUAUGUAUGGGUGUUUGAACAUGAUAUUUAUUUUGUACAAAAUAAAUCAGUUUGCCUGAGUAGUAUGA